AUGUCCUGUUCUAUACACAUAGUUCACAGUGUAAACAGACGAUUGAAUGUUAGACUAGAUCACAGCUAAACGUUGACACGAGCACAUGUGAGAUAUGACAUUGAAAAUAUUAUUAACAAGUUUGAUAAUAAUCCAGUACGCCACAAAGACAUGGAGCCACGUUGAAAUUGAGGCAGAGGAUUACUUCUUUCCCUUAGAGCCUGUUAUCAAUUUCUGUAAAAUGGCUGAUCAAUGUCAACACGAUUUCGUCCCAAUAUGUGGCCAGGACUCUUUAGGAAUAUCCAGAAUGUUCAACGAUAACUGUGAUUUAUACGAAUAUAAUUGCGAUGAAAAGAAACAGUAUCGUCACGUAAAAGUAGAUGUAUGCAAAUACGAAGCAGCCGCAGCUGAAAGAUCAGAAAAUUGA